AUGGUGCUGUGUCCGCCGUUUCGGUGGUCUUCUAGAAAUAGGUUUGACCUGACGACUGCAGUGGCUGAGAGACGAGAUGUUGGGCGACGGGAAACAUUCUAUGUUCUACCAGAGAACUCUGCAGACACGCAAAAUGGCAACACGGAAAUUUAUAAAAAAGGCCUGGUGGUUCCUGAUGUUGGCUCAAGUAAAAAUUCCAGCUACAUUAGUGUACAAAGCGAAAAAUACAGAGAGAGCCAAUCGAGGGACUCUGACAGUGGAUCAGAGGACCAAAAAGUAAAUUCUGCACGCAAAACAAUAUCUGAAAUCGUUCAAAGCAAUCCCGAGAGACGUAUGAGGAGGAAACGUGGGGUGAUCGCACCUCAUGCACCGCUCGAUAACUCCAGAUCUCUGACAGAUCUUCAAUAUGAGAAAUAUGCUAAAGACGAAGAAUCAAUAGAACAAAUAAAAAAGGCUUUAAUGGCGAAUGAUUUCUUAAAAAAUAUAAUGGAUGAAGAUAGACUGGGAGCGGUUGUGGAGGCCAUGAGCCCUCAGGAAUUCCCCGCUGGGAGUCUCAUGAUACGAGAGGGAGAAAGUGGCAGUCAUUUAUAUGUGUCUGCAUAUGGACAGUUCGAAGUGUUGAAAGGCGGUCAAGUAGUGAAGAAUUUCGGACCUGGAGAAGCGUUCGGCGAACUGGCCAUUUUGUAUAAAGCCAAGCGUUUCGCGUCAAUACGGUGUAUAACAGAAGCAAAAGUAUGGACUUUGGAAAGGCGCGUUUUCCAAAAAAUAAUGGUUCGAAGUGGGCGUCAAGAGCAGGAGGACAACAUGCGGUUCUUAUCCUCUGUCCCUCUUUUGCAAGGAAUCCAUCCAAUUGAUCUUGCAAAAAUUGCUGACUUUUUAAAGCGGGAAUUCUUUGCUUCCGGUACACCGGUGGUACGUCAAGGUGAUAAGGGUGAUAAGUUCUACAUCAUUAGAGGUGGUACGGUAGUGGUGACGAAGCGGGAUGGUGAUGGCGGCGAAAGACGAGUGGGUCUGCUCAAACGCGGUGAAUACUUCGGCGAACAGGCUUUGCUGCAUGAGGACCGGCGGCUUGCUACUGUGACAGCUUUGGCUCCAGGAGUCGAAUGUUUGACAUUAGAACGCGGACCAUUUACGGAUUUAUUAGGAAAUUUGCAAGCACUCAAAAACGUGAGACACGCUGUGCCUAGGCCAUCACAACAAAAGAAGACUUCGGAAGUAAAGAGUGAAUAUGAAUACAUAGAAUUAAAAGACUUGGAUAUUGUGGGAACGAUGGGAGUGGGUGGUUUCGGCCGAGUGGAAUUAGUACAGUACAAGAAAGAUACAUCGAAAACCUUUGCGCUCAAAUGCCUUAAGAAAAUCGAAAUGGUUCAACAGCAACAGCAAGAACACGCGUUUAAUGAGAAAAAUAUCAUGAUAUUGUGUAACAGUAGAUUUAUUUGUCGAUUAUAUCGCACAUUCAAAGAUAACAAAUACAUUUAUUUCCUAAUGGAGCCAGUGUUGGGUGGCGACGUGUGGACAAUACUACAAAAGCAACGGUACUUCCCCGAGAACAUUGCACGGUUUAUGGCGGCCUGUGUGGUGGAGGCCUUUCAGUAUCUGCACUCGAAAGAUAUAAUUUAUAGAGAUCUUAAGCCUGAAAAUUUAAUGCUAGAUAGAAAGGGCUAUAUCAAACUGGUGGAUUUUGGAUUUGCUAAGCGUUUGUCAUCGAACAGUAAGACCUGGACAUUUGCAGGCACCCCAGAAUACGUUGCACCUGAAAUCGUCUUAAAUAAGGGACAUGACCGCGCAGUGGACUGCUGGGCGUUAGGAGUCUUCAUCCACGAGCUGUUGGUUGGCAAGCCACCCUUCCGAGCUGCUGGUGGUGAUCACAUGAAAACAUACACCCUCAUAUUACGUGGUAUCGAUGCAGUGGCCUUCCACCCUCGAGUGCCCAAGUCUGCUCAAAUGCUCAUACGCAAACUGUGUCGUGCUGUACCUGCAGAACGAUUGGGAUAUCUGAAGAAUGGAAUAAUUGAUGUUAAGAACCAUAAGUGGUUCCUCGGUUUCGACUGGGAAGGAUUAAAGGAAGGAAAACUGAAGGCACCAUUAAUUCAACCCGUAUCCAACGAUUUAGAUUUAUCCAACUUCGAGAAAUAUCCUAAAGAUAAAUUACCCCCGGACGAGACUUCGGGAUGGGAUAUUGACUUUUAA